GAUUUUACAUUGGAAAAUUACAAUAUGGUACCUAAAUUUUUUCAUUAGAACAUUCUAGUACUCAAACUUUUCAAAAUUUACAUAUUGAUCCAAAACUUGAAUGUCAUUUAUGCUAAUGAAUUAAUCCACCAAUCAAUUUGAUACAUGGAUACACCAAUCCAAUCCACUAAUUUAUCGAUCCAAUCAAAUUGCCACCUCUACGUCACCCUGACGUGGAGCAGCUGUGAGUAAAUCAUCAUGGGCCGAGGCCCUGUCCAAUGGGACCGGAUAUUAUAACAACACUAUAUUUGUUGUUAUUGUAACAACAACAUAGGUGGACCAAUAGGAACGCACCAUUCUGCAUACUUUUGAAAUUCAUGCGUUGACUAGGGUAAAAAACAAAGGAAGGGUAUUUUUGUCCUACCGAAAAGUUGCAGCUCCUUUUGUCCGAAAAAGUGCAGCUCGUUUCUCACCAUUCUCUCUCCAAUCGCGCGGCGCCGAGGCUGAACGACGGGCGACGAAAUCCUCAUCGCAGCAGCUACUGCAACGGCGGCGACGAGAUCGUGACGGAGCAGCUACCGCAACGCGCGGCGACGAGAUCCUGACGGAGCAGAUACCACAACGGCGACGAGAUCGUCAUCGCGGCAGCUACUGCAACGGCGGAGACGAAAUCCCGCGCAGCAGCUAUUGCAACGCGCGGCGAUGAGAUCCUGACGCAGCAGCUACCGCAACGGGGACGAGAUCGUCAUCGCAGCAGCUAUCGCAACGGUGGCGACGAGAUCUGAUCGCACCAGCUAUCUCAACGACGGCGACGAGAUCUGAUCGCAACGGCGGCGACGAGAUCUGAUCGCACCAGCUAUCGCAACGGCGGCGACGGCGGAGAAAGCUCCUGAUCGCAGCUAAGACAUUGACGAUGGACGAGAAUCGUGUAGAUGAAGUUUCUGUUGGUUCUGUAGAUGCUCAACAACUCGUGCAAAUUGCAACAUCUUCUGAAGCAACAGAAGGCGGAUAUCAGCUGGAAACCUCUAUUUCCACCAACAGUGGCAACAAUGAACAGGAAGAAGGUACGCUCAACUCAAUCCUUUCCUGUUUUCUUACAAUGAGCACCAUAAUCACGCUUAUACAAGCCAUUUACCAUAUCAUAAACACUUCCAAUCAAACCGCCCACAAAAAUCCCACAAACGAUACCAAUAGCAUCGCCAAACACACCACAUUCUUCCCAAAACAAACCACAAGAAAAAAAGAGACAAUCAACCAAAACACUUAAAAACCAAACCACAAAACUUCUUAAACGCACCAAAACACCUCCAAUCCACACCAUUAAAACCUAAAUCUGUUUGCAAAAAAACUUUUUGCAAUCUGUUUGUAAAAAAAAAAUCACACUGUAAUGCAAAUCAUAAAUGUCAUAAAAACAUCAUGAAUAACUACAAUGCAAACCACUUUUCACUUUUCUAGCAAAUAUCAUCGCAAGAUGAAAUGAUCAAACCGCCCACAAAAAUCCCACAAACGAUACCAAAAGCAUCGCCAAACACACCACAUGUUUCCCAAAACAAACCACAGGAAAAAAAGAGACAAUCAACCAAAACACUUAAAAACCAAACCAUAAAACUUCUUAAACGCACCAAAACACCUGCAAUACACACCAUUAAAACGUAAAUCGUUACAUUCCACAAUCUGUUUGUAAAAAAAAUCAUACACUGUAAUGCACACCAUAAAUGUCAUAAAAGCAUCAUGAAUAACUACAAUGCAAACCACAUUUCACUUUUCUUGUAAAUAUUAUCGCAAGAUGAAAUGAUCAAGUGCUCAUUUCUUUCAUCAUUGCUUACAGGUGUGACAUCAAACAGGACCGAGUUAGACUACACUUGUUUGGGGUUGGCAUUCAAAACCAUUGAGGAAACAAAACAAUUCUACAAGAACUAUGCUCACGAUCUUGGCUUCAGUGUGAGGGACAUGGGAGCUGUCAAACGUUCUACAAAAAGACAGCCAACCAAAACAGCACGAUAUGCUAGGUAUUGCUGCAGCAAAGAAGGAUACAAGACCACAAGCAAGUCAAAUCCCAAGAAUAAAGGAACAAUCGAUGUCAAGGCUUAUCAACGUGCUGUACCAGAAACUAGAGUUGGCUGCCCAGCUAUAAUCAAAUUUAGAUAUGAUAUCGAGAAGGAUGAAUGGCUGCUGGACAAGUGGAUAACAGAACACAACCAUGAUCUCCUCCCUGCAAAAUUCAAACAUCUAUUGAGGUCCAACAAGGGGAUCUCAGAAAUGCAUGCAAUGGUCGCACAAGUGCAUGCAGAUUGUGGAGUUUCACUACGGAAAUCGUAUGAGUUGUUCACCACAACUUCAGGGGGGAGGGAGAAUGUACCUUUUACCCCUCAUGAUCUGAAGAACUAUAUCACAGGGACAAGGCAGAAAUCAAUGAAACCAGGCGAAGCAACUAUACUUCUUGAAUAUUUUCGCCACGAAGCUUACAGGAAUCCAUCAUUCUUCUAUGAAAUUGAGGUAGAUAGUAACGAAGAUAUUGCAAGUAUAUUCUGGGCUGAUGCAAGAAUGCGGUUUGACUACAGUUGCUUUGGAGAUACGAUCAGCUUCGACACAACAUACAGGACAAACCAGAAUUAUCGUCCACUAGGUCAGUAUUCCUUGCACUAUUUAAUUUUCUUGAGAUUUCGAAGUUGAAUGCAUACCAAACAUUACACAAUGCAUGAGGAGGUUUCUGGUGUGCUUUUGCAAAUGUUGUGGUUUGCUUUGUGAGGUUUCUGGUUUUCUUUGUGAAGUUUGUGGUUUGUAUUAAGAGGUUUAUGGUCUCUGCUUCCGCAAAUGUUGUGGUUUGCUUUGUGGGGUUUGUGGUUUGUUUUAUAAGAUUUGUGGUAUGCAUUAAAAGGUUUGUGGUUUGCAUUAAGAGGUAUUCCUUGCUUAAUUUUCUUGAUAUUUCGAAGUUGAAUGCAUACCAAACAUUACCCAAUGCAUACCAUAAGUAACAUAAAACCACCCCAAACACUCUUAAAACAAACAACAAAAAAACAUGAAACAUUCAUUUUGAGAAUCCUAACCAGAAACCUUAUAAACCAUACUAAACACGUCCUGAAACACACCAUAUAUAUCAUAAAAGACAGUCUUUUGUUUGUUUCAAUGUUUAAUUCUAUGUUCUUUUUUUUAUUUUUAAAUUACAGCUUUGUUUGUUGGCUUCAACCACCAUCGAGCACUCUGCAUCUUCGGGGCUGCUCUCCUUUAUGAUGAAACAACCGCUACAUUCAAGUGGUUGUUCGAUGCAUUCUUGAAAUGUAUGUCAGGCACCCGACCAACAUCAAUAUUCACCGACCAAGCUGCUGCAAUCGCCGCUGGGAUUAGAUCCGUCAUUCCUGAAGCAUUCCAUGGCUUAUGUACUUUUCAUAUCAAGCAGAAUGCAAUGAAGCAUCUCGACACCACAAACACAAACAUUCUAGAAGAUCUGCAAUAUGUCACUUUUGGGGUAGAAAAUGAGGAAGAAUUUGAGUACAAUUGGUCAAGGUUGCUAGACACACAUUAUCCAGAAGAAGGCACCAAUCCAAGGAACUGGUUGGAUUCAAUUUACAAGGUGAGGAAACAGUGGUCUUCAGCAUGGAUUAAGGACCACUUCACAGCUGGUAUGCGAAGCUCACAGCUGAGUGAGUCUUGUAACAGCAACCUCCGAAACUACCUUCAAUCAGAUGACAACCUAGUUGAGUUCUUCACAUACUUCAACAAGUUUGUCGAACGGAAAAGAUCAGACGAAAUGGACAUGGAUUAUCAAAUGGCAAACACAGUCCCAAACACCAUGUACGUAUUACUUCCUUUAUUUGAACUUUUUAUACUGUAGAAUGCAUCCACAUAACAGUUGAAUACAACCCAGAUACCACCUAAACCAACCCAAAAACCCUACAAUCCACACCACAGACCACCUAAUACAAACCAUAAACACCACAAUGCACACCGCACAAGCUUAAACAACCCAGAUACCACCUAAACCAACCCAAAAACCCUACAGUCCACAACACAGACCACCUAAUACAAACCAUGAACUACACAAUCCACACCACACACAACGUAAAACAACCCAUAAAUCCCACAAUCCGCACCACAAACAGUACAAUACAUACCAUAAAAUCAUUAAUGUAGACAAGAUGCUUAUGAAUGAUUGUAUGUUGCAUGUCAUCUUCCAACAGGUAUGACAGAAGCCCACUUGUUCAGCAAGUCGCGAAAUUAUACACAACUAAGAUCUACAGUUCUUUCCUUGAGGAGUAUUCAGAAAGCCUUGCUUUUUUUGUGUUCCGGAAUGAAUCUAUGGAUAGAGAUGGAAUGACAGCUUAUGAAGUGAAGAAACUAGGAGGAUUCGACAAAAGAGUCGUGUUAGUGAACAAAGAGGAGAAGAAAUA